AUGUCAUUCACAGAGGAUACUCAUAAUUUCCAAAAUUGGUUAAUAAAUUCAGGUGUUCAAAUUUCACCAAAGAUUAAAAUUGAAGAUCUAAGGUAUCUUUCUCAAGGUCGUGGUUUAAUAUCAUUACAAGAUAUUAAUCAAGAUGAAAUAUUAUUUAAAAUUCCAAGAAAUGUUUUAUUAAAUAUUGAAACUGGUUCAUUAUCUCAAAUAAAUAAUAAUAAAGAGAAACUUCUUACAAACUAUGAUCAUUGGGAAGGUUUAAUUUUAACUAUAUUAUAUGAAUUAAGUUUAGGUAAUGAAAGUAAAUGGUUUCAAUAUUUUAAAAUUUUACCCAACGAGUUCCAUAGUUUAAUGUUUUGGGAAAAAGAUGAAUUAGAAUUAUUAAAACCUUCAUUAGUUCUUGAUAGAAUUGGUCAAGAAAAAGCCCUCGAGACUUUUAAUAAAUUAAUUCCAAAUGCCCUUGUUGACCUAGGUAUAAAUCAUUUAAAUAUUUCUUUAGAUUUAUUCCAUAAAGUUGCAAGUACAAUCUUAUCAUAUUCAUUUGAUGUUGAAAGACCAGAUUUUAAUGAAGAUAUGGAAGAUGAUGAACAAGUUCAAUAUGAUGGUUAUUUUAAAUCAAUGGUAACAUUAGCUGAUUUAUUAAAUGCUGAUACAAAUUUAUCAAAUGCAAAUUUAUUUUAUGAAACUGAAUUUUUAAUAAUGAAAUCAAUAAAACCAAUCCCCCAGGGACAACAAAUUUAUAAUACAUAUGGUGAUCAUCCAAAUAGUGAAUUAUUAAGAAGAUAUGGUUAUGUUGAAUAUAAUGGUUCAAAAUUUGAUUUUGGUGAAUUACCAAUUUCAACUAUAAAAAAAACUUUAAAUUUACAUUUUAAUUUAUCUUUUGAAUUUAUUGAUCAAAUAUUAGAUAUUAUAUCACAAUCUGAUGUUGAAGAAUUAGAAGAAGAUAUUGUAUUAGAAAGUUAUGAUGUUUAUUUAGAUGGUGAAAUUUUACCAGAAUCUCAAAUUUUAAUUCAAUCAUUAAUUAUAAUUGCACAAAUUAAUCAACAAGAAAAUUUAACAAUAUAUCCUCAUGGAGAAUUAAUUAAAAUCAUUAAUAGAAUUUUGAAAAAAUGUUAUCAAUUAAUUGAAUCUGGUAAUAUGACUUAUAAUGCUUUAAUACUUUGGGAACAAUGUAUUUUAACAAGAUUAAAUGAUUAUCCAUCUCAUUCAUUCCGUGAUUUCUUAAUUCCCCCACCAGCAGAACAAUUAAAUAAAUUAAAAAUGAGUGAAUGUAUCUUAAAAUAUGAAGUAUUAUCAUUACAAAAAUCUUUAAAAAGUUUUAAUAAUGGUUUUAAAUUAAUUAAUGAUGAAAAAUUAAUUAGAAAUAUUUUAAAAAGAAAAUUACAACAAGAUGAAAAUAGUGAUACAAAAAAAAUUAAAAAACAAAAAAGAUAA